AUGAGAUGCAACGACCUCUCCCCGAGCAGCGCAGUCCAUCAUUUACUCCCCGCUAUCACCAGCCUUGCUAGAGUCCCUGAUGGCGAGCCAGAUUAUACUGAAUCCUGGCCCACGGUUGUCUGCAACAACGGCACGAACACCACAGACUAUGCUGACUUUGUACAAAAGUCCAGUGGUGGAUCUGGCAGAUUAAUUGUCGAUUACUCCAGACCGGCUUUCUUUGCGGUGACACCAGGACAUGACCUUCAACGAGCGGCAAACGCGCCAGUCGCUUGUCCACCGAGCAAACCAGAGCAGGAUAAAAGGACGACGCAUUAA